AAUAAGGGAUUAAUUAUUCCAUUGAAUACUGGUUUCUUGUCACUGGAUUCCCAGCUCCCAAGACUCCAUUAGAGAGAGUGAGAGAUAAAAUUACUGUAUCAUAAAAAAAAAAAUGAACAGUCUCUGUGAAUCGUCAUCACUGAGUUACAUUUCCACGUGCGAACGGAGCUAUAGAAACAAGAGUCUAUUAGUAUUACCAGUAACAAGAGUCAGAAUCUCAUCAGACGUAAAAAAGAGUAAUAGUAGAAGAAGAGGAGCUGGUUUGAUAAUCAGAGCAUCAGCAACUGUGAGUAGUGAAGAGAAGAGGGGAAUGGAUAAUAAUAAUGGAAAAGAAAAAGGUUGGUUACAGAAAGGAAUAGCAGAAUUUUAUGAUGAAUCUUCAGGUUUAUGGGAGAAUAUCUGGGGAGAUCAUAUGCAUCAUGGAUUUUAUGAUCCUAAUGUUACUGCUUCGAUUUCUGAUCAUCGAUCUGCUCAGAUUCGUAUGAUUGAAGAAACUCUCAAAUUCGCUGGUCUUUCAGAUGAUUCAUCGAACAAGCCCAAAAGUAUAGUAGAUGUUGGGUGUGGAAUUGGUGGUAGUUCGAGAUACUUAUCGAAAAAAUAUGGAGCUGAAUGCAAAGGCAUUACUUUGAGUCCAAUUCAAGCUGAAAGAGCACAAGCUCUUGCAAAUGCACAAGGUUUGGGAGAUAAAGUAUCAUUUCAAGUUGCAGACGCACUCGAGCAACCAUUUCAAGAUGGACAGUUUGAUCUUGUUUGGUCCAUGGAGAGUGGAGAACACAUGCCUGACAAAGCCAAGUUUGUGAACGAGUUGGUGCGGGUUGCAUCUCCUGGAGCCACUAUAAUAAUUGUAACAUGGUGUCAUAGAGAUCUUCUUCCCACUGAACAAUCAUUGAAGCCCCAAGAGAAACAACUUUUGGAUAAGAUUUGUGAUGCUUAUUACCUUCCUGCCUGGUGUUCUACUGCCGAGUAUGUUGAAUUACUCCAGUCCCUCUCAAUGCAGGACAUCAAGUCAGAGGAUUGGUCAGAAUAUGUUGCACCAUUCUGGCCAGCGGUAAUCCGUUCUGCCUUAACAUGGAAAGGACUAACUUCCCUAUUGCGAACUGGUUGGAAAACCAUAAAAGGCGCAUUUGCAAUGCCAUUGAUGAUCGAAGGAUUCCAGAAGGAUAUAAUUAAGUUUGCAGUUAUUACUUGCCGAAAACCAGAAUGAAGAAAGUAAAAGAGGGCAAAAAGUAUAACAGGCAGAAGCAAAUAUUAUUGAACUAUCUAUCUUCCCAGCUAGUACCUCUCUUUAUAUUUUAUUCAGAACUCGAGUGCAUAGCAACUGAAGUGAUUUAUUGCUUCCCACUAGUAUUCCACAAUAAUUGUACUGUUCUCGAAAAUGAAUGUCUUACAUUUGAAAAUGAAUGAUACAUCAACUUUAGUAAAAAGACAUGAAAUACCUAACAUUUGAAUCAAUAUGUGAAAAUUGAAAGUUGAUAAGUA